UUGACUGCUGGAAGGUCCUAUUUGGAUAUUGAGAAACUCAAUAACAUUUUAGUACUUAAAAAAGAAGAAAAAGGAGAAGGGGCAUUCCAGCAAGAUUCUCACACAAAGUAAAAGAACUAGGUUAAAAAUAAGAAAGCUAACAGAUGUUAUAAAAAGAAGGAUGUUGAUAACAGAGAGAGGCUAAACUGAAAUGAACAACAAGGGCUGCGCUUAACAAUACAACUUUUCUCAGGAAACCUAAGUCUCCGGUGACAAUUAAGAGCCACAACAAGACAGGAUGCAUAUGGAUCCAACUGCUGAGCACAAGGGAUAUGGGAGGCAAACAAUCUCUGUUUCAUUGUCUUAAUAUGUGCUUUGUAAGACUUACUUACGCAACCUGAGCUUGCAACAGGGAAGAUCACUGCAUUCAUUGCUCCUACGUUCUGUAAAGAUGGAAACUCUCCUUCAGAUCUUCUGGCUCGUGUUGCUUUUGGCAGUGAUGGCCCAGCCCAGUGAAGAGGUUGAAGCUUUGUGUGCUGGCACCACUUGCUAUACACUCAACUUCGGGAGGCUCAACUGGAUGGAUGCUCAGCAAAACUGCAAAAACAAUGGGGGCAACCUGAUGACUCUGAAGAGCCGAGAGGAGGCUUUGCUGGUUCCUGAACUGCUGGGCAAGAUGCCCCCAGGCACAACUGGCACAGACAUGGAGGUAAAAAUAUGGAUUGGGCUCCAUCGAGAGAAGGGCAAAUGCUACCAGCACCACCAGCCGCUGAAGGGCUUCAUCUGGGUGACAGGAGGUGAGGAGACUAAAUACUCUAACUGGGGACGGGAGCCUAUGGGUACCUGCUUGACAAAGAAGUGUGUUGUCCUUCAGCAGACUCCUUCCUCUUCUGAGGGGCUGGUCUGGGCAGAUACCUCAUGUAGUCGUAUUGCUGAAGGCUACUUGUGCAAGUUCAGCUUCCAGGGGAUGUGCCGGCCACUUGUACUGGCGGGGCCAGGGACUGCCAAAUACACCACCCCAUUUGGCGUGACUACUACUUCCCUUGUAGCAGUGCCUUUUGGCUCCUCAGCUGAAGUGGUGUGUGGCCCCAAGGGAGAGGAGAAGACUAACACCUUCCUUCUGUGCAAGCCGCAAGCAAACAGCAAUAUCUCUGAGUGGAGCAGCCCAGGGCCAUUUUGUGCUUCCCCUGCAUAUGGCUGCAGUUACAGCAAUGGGGGUUGUGAGCAUGAAUGCCUGGACCUAGGCGGGGGCUUGUUUCAGUGUGCUUGCCAUUCAGACUACCAGCUUGGAGGAGACCAGCUUUCCUGUGUCCCUGUGGACUACUGUAGCUCUAACCCAUGCCAAGGACAAUGCAUCCCACAACAAGGAGGCUUUACGUGCGCCUGCUCUGUGGGUUAUAUGCUGGCAGAUGAUGGGCUGAGAUGUGUGGAUGUGGAUGAAUGCAGCAUUCCCCAACACCCCUGCGAACAGAUCUGCAUUAACACAAUGGGCAGCUUCAUGUGCCACUGCAAGCAAGGCUACCAGCCUUCAGGCCCAGAUAACCGGACUUGUCAGGACAUUGAUGAGUGUGCCAGGGACAAGCCAUGUGAGCAGCUUUGUGUCAAUACACCAGGCUCCUUCCUCUGCUCCUGCCAGCGAGGCUAUCAACUAGAGGGCAUCAACGGCAAUUCUUGUCUUGAUGUGGAUGAGUGCCAGGAGGAGCUUUGUGAACACAUGUGCAUCAACCAUCUAGGUAGCUACCAGUGCUCUUGCAGGUCUGGCUGGAUUCUGGCCCCCAAUGAAGUUUCUUGCCUCCCUGACACUACCAGUAGCACCUUCUCUCCUCCCACCCAGAGAGACAGAGAACAGGCGAGUCCAAUGAACAGGGAUCAUGUUUCAGAGGCUCCAGCCCUGCUACCUGACUCUUCUGUUCCAGCUGAACAAGACAAAGCCCUUGUAUCGCAAGAUUCUACCUCCCAGACAAGUGUAUUCAACAGCCCACUGGAUGCUAACAACCAUGUCAGAGAUGAUCACACAGACAACAAUAGUGGCAGCUUGAAGCAGCUCCUGUACUACACUUUGGGUGGGGUGGCUGCCUUUUUACUGUUGGCUUUAGUUCUCAGCGGAGUCACCUACAAGAAAAUGAAAGCCAAGGACGCCAAGAAAAAAUCAAAGAGUGCAGCGGACAAUUACUCUUGGGUGCCAGAUCAGGGGGAGAGCAGGGUAGGAAGUAAUGAAUACAUGUAGUCAACACUGUGUUUUUUUUAAUGUAACAGUGACUGUGAAGAAGGAACAGAGAGGAGGAAAUUAUGUAAAAGGGGGAAGUAUAUUUUUACAUCACAGUUGGCUAGGGGAAAGCAGAGACAGGGUUUUAUGGCAACCACAGCAAAUUGUUCACCCAUGGUACAAGUCUGGUUUUGUAACUCACUUUAUAGUUGUUUUUACCUUGCAGUCACUGUGCCUCAUCUGUUAAGCUUUAUGAAGAGUAGAGAUGACAUUGACAACCCUCCUGGGUCUUCCCGCUGCUUUGUCUUUUCCUAUAGAAAGUAUGAGGGGAUGUUAGAAUAGCUGCAUGCAGUCUUUUGACAGGUAGUGCAAAGAGCUAUUUGGAAGCACCCACAGAACAGCAAGUUGGGUCAACUUUCCCUUGCAGCUCCUUGAUCUAUGCAUUAAGUAUUCCUUUCUAAAAUAUCACAGGCACAUUCAAAUGUGCAUUUUUCAUCUUUCGCCCAUCUUUACCUCCAAAUGAAACACCAAGAAUACAGUUGUAGAAUUCUGUCAGGGUCAAGGGGAAUAACAUACAUAAGGACACCCAGUAAGCACACCCCAUAGUCACCUGUUUUCUAUUCUUGCAAAAAUCCUCAGAGGCAAACU